UUUGGGGACGGAGGUGUCGGGUUUCGGGGUUUGCCUGGGCAGAGCCUUCAGGUCGGGGUUUUUGCCUAAAAAUUAGUCUGAGGUCGGGUCGGGGUCGAGGUUCUAGCUUAUUAAGGACGACUCGGUUGAGUGGAAUGAGGUUAAUCCCAAAAAGAUGAAUAUGGAUCCCUUACUUUUACUUAAAUUGGAUCAUAUUGCUCUCUUUAGUUGUGAUCAUGUUUUUGUUUUUAAGAUGCAAGAAAUGCAAUUUUGCAAUUCAAAUGGAAGUAGACAAGCAAAUAAACAAAAUUUUUGAUUGUCUCAGUUGUAAGGCAAAGUUUUGUCGUACGUGUGAGAGAGAUUGGGAUGAGAAACAUGUUGGUCUAAGUUGUGAAGAAAUGGAUAAAAAUGAUAAGGACAAAAAAGAAAGAGAAAUUGAGAAGAAAUUAAACGAGGCAAUUGUUCGAAAAUGUCCAAGAUGUGGAAUCGGAUUCGUUAAAGUGUCUGGAUGUAAUAAGAUGACUUGUCGUUGUGGAAUGACUCAAUGCUAUAUUUGUAGAGAAAGUGGUAUUCAAUAUGCCCAUUUUUGCCAACAUACUCGUGACCCAACUAUUCCAAAUUGUAAGCAUUGUAACAGUAAAUGUCUCCUUUUUGAAGAUGCAAAUAAGAGGGAUGAACAGUUAAUCAAAGAAAUUCGUGAAAGAGAAGGGGCGAAAGCUUAG